UAUUGCAAAAAGACGAAUGACGUUUGAGAAGUUUUUUGGUAAAGAAGAUGAGAACAAAUUUCUUAAAAGAAUUUUAGACCACCAUUUCAAUUUUUCUAUUGGGCUACUUGUGCCAACAUUAUCCAAGCAGAAAUUUGUGAAUCAAAUCUCAGAGUCAUCUCUGUUCUCAGAAUCAUGCUGCCUUGCUGUUACAACCCUUUUGGAAAUUAUCAAUCCAAAAUUUUUGUCCCAAUUUCUUAGGAGAGGCGUAGUGAGUGCUCUCAGUUAUAAAACUAAGAUUGAUACAGAGGAUUGUGUUGCUUUAUUACCAACAGGUAUUAUUUGGCUUUCAUUGACAAAAGAUACAUAUGAAUGCCUUGGUCUCCAGGGAAAACCAUCUCCAUUCAAGAAUAAUCCAAAAUUUGAUGUUGUAAUUGAUGUUAAUGAGUCCUACUUUGAACCAAGCAAGAAAUUUUACCAGAGGGUUUUAAAAGCAUUUCAAAAAACAGGAUUGAAGUUUGAAUUUUUGUUUUCGGAGAGAUCAAUUGAUGAUAAAAGUGAAUAUGGUGAGAAGUUACAAUCAUACCUCAAAUCACGUGGCAUAAUUUCACAGCCAUUUCAUUGUGAACACUAUGUAGAAAACUUUAAUAAUAUUGAUGUUCCAACUAUUUCAUUUCAUGAUGAGUCAUUCUUUGACAUUUCUGCUACGUGUAAUUACUUGGAAUUUCAUGAAUGGUUGGGAUGUGUUCUAUGUAAUGUUGAUUGCUCACAAUCAUCACCAGAUAGUUACUUAAACACAUUAUCAUCUCCAGAACCAAAUUCUUGUCAACAGGUUGUUCUUUCCACAUGGAUUGGCUUUAUUUCAUCUCAUAGUGUUCAAAAUGUGCUUAAGUUUGCAAGAGAUCUACUGAAAAAAAACCCUGAUAUCCCUUGGUUGAAUGUCACAAUAUGGGGUUUUAGUGACAGUCCAGUUACAUGGAGAGACCUGCGGCAUGGAUUUUAUCUGAAUGGUGACAAUCAUUACUCUAUAAUUCUGUUUCAAGAUCAUUGCAUGUGGAUGUACAGGACUCUGUCUGACCAUGACGAACAACUUUGAAUUGAAAGUAAUAUAAAUUAUAAUAAUUUGCGUCACAAUGCCAUGUGAUGCAAUAUGAA